GUCUAUGGUCGAUUCUCCUAAUGACUGUCAAACUUUCGUCAUUCGUAGCUUAAGUUUUAUGUAUUGAAUUGAAUUGAAAUCCAAUUAUCUUGCACUUUCAACAUUGCUUAUGUUUAGCAAUAAUACGUUUAUAAACAGCACAACCAAAACAUACAUUAUCGAUUUGAUGCGUCGGUUAUUUUCUUUAAUACUUUGUAAACAGUGCAAGCAGUGAUAUCUAGAUUUUAGUGUGAAGUUUUUGUUUUAUUUUAGAGAAAAUGAAUUUAGAGAUUAACAGAUUAAAUACUUUUUCAAAUUGGCCCAUGGGAGCUCCGGUAGACCCGAUACGAAUAGCGAAGGGGGGCUUCUUUUAUACUGGGCAAGGUACAGAGGUGGAGUGUUUUAGCUGUGGUGGGAAAAUUUCGCAGUGGAAUUAUGGUGAUCAAGUGAUGAUGCGACAUAGGCGGAUGGAUCCAAAUUGUCCAUUCGUGGUGAACCCGCAGAUGGCGGGGAACGAGCCACUGGUGUUGGAUCGCGCAUUCACGGCUCAAUCAGCGAAUGUUCCGGUGCCUGCACCUGUCCCUGAAGAGCUUGUGACAACCUCGCAAGACGCCGGACCCACUGAAGAAGAUGAAAUGUACAAAAGUGAUGCCCUAAGGCUGCUAUCUUUUAUCAAUUGGCAGGAUGAUUCAAUAUCCAGAGAAGCACUGGUCAGUGCAGGGUUCUAUCACGCCGGGGAAGGGCGGUUACGCUGUGCCUGGUGUGGCGGAGAGUUAGCACCGUUUAGAAAUCUUGGCUCCUUGGGAGCGCCUGUAGAUAUACAUCGGAGGUACUUCCCUCGCUGCGAUUACGCCCUCCGGCUAGAUAAUGCGUAUCGAGCGUCAAACAUAUCUCCUCCAUUCUCGCCCCCACACACCCCACAGGUGGAGUCCCCACGGAACUCUGUCAUGUCUGAAGGCGCCCUCCACAACUCGCGCCUCCUAGCGCGGAGCGGACAGAACUGCACCCAACUGGGUGUUGUCGGAGUCUCUGGGCCCGGCGUACAACACCCUACCCUUGCAAGUCUAGCCGCUCGCCUCGCUACCUUUGCCGAAUGGCCACAGGGAAGACCACAGGGACCUGAGACGCUAGCUGAAGCGGGAUUCUUCUACACUGGACAGGAUGACCAAGUGUGUUGUUUCUACUGCGACGGCGGGCUCGGAAAGUGGGAGUCGAGCGACGAGCCGUGGGCGGAGCACGCGCGCUGGUUCCCGGGCUGCGGCUUCGUGCAGCUCGUCAAGGGCGCCGAGUUCGUGGCCCAACACCGCGGCACGCAGCCGCCGAGACAGACGUCCGACGACAGAUCAGUUAACACAAGACAACGAAAUCCAUCAGUCAACUUUCCAGUCAAUGAAAGUCAGGUGGAGGAACAAAUGGACUCUCAGCAGGCGCUGGUGGCGCUGGGCGCGGGGCUGGACGCGGCGCGCGUGCGGCGCGCGAUCAGGAGGCGGUUGCAGACCACUGGGUUGGGGUUCACAUCAUCGGAAGCGUUGAUCGACGCAGUAUUGGAUGAGCAGUUAAACGAAGAAAGUUGGGGAGUGAACACCAACCAGCGCUUCGCCAGAGAUAUCCUCGCUGAGGCGCUGAGAGAAUUCGCUCCGGCUGCCGGAUUAAUACCAUCACCAGACUGCGACCAAACAUCUCAAUCAGAAAGCUCGUCGCGAUCCCGGACACCCAACGAGCCUCAGCCUAGCCAAGAAGUCACAGUCGCUCACGCUGACACUAGCCAAACUCUCAGAGACCCUGUCAGACUAAAACCUACAGUUAGCAACGAUAGAGUCAGUAGCGAUAGAGUUGAUAGAGUGGAAAGUGAGAAGGAAAAUGGUCCAGUCAGGAAGAAAUUGUCUUUGGAAGAGGAGAAUAGGCAACUGAAGGAGGCGAGGCUGUGCAAAGUGUGUAUGGAUAGUGAGGUGAGCGUGGUGUUCCUGCCGUGCGGACACCUGGUGUCGUGCGCGCGGUGCGGCGCGGCGCUGCCGUCGUGCCCGCUGUGCCGGUCGCCGGUGCGAGCGCUCGUGCGCGCCUACCUCGCGUGACGUCACCAGUUACAGAUGAAAGUCACAGCUUGCCUACAAAUUCAAAAACAUACACGAAACAUCACAAGUAAGAUAUGUAUAGGAUACUGCUCACGUCUAAUGUUGGCGGCGAUUUAUUAAAUUAAAUUUUAUUUAUUGCUGCAAAAAAAAUCGCUGCAAAAUUAGCAAUGUUUAGCAUUCAAUAAUACAGUGUGUAUUUCUGAUAUUACCGCAUACUUAAAGUCAUUAGAAAAAGCCCUAAGGAACGUAUUUUCAUACGAUUUAAAUAAAAAAUACGACUUUUAUUUUUUAAUACCAAAUAAUUCAACACGCCAUUGUUAUUUUAUUUUUGUUCAACGACGUGACUUGACGUAAGAACUGUCAACGAGGAGGUACACUGACAUUUUAUCCCACCAGGCGGCGCCUGUGCAUGUGUCAUUCAUAUGUGUGAGAGAGAAAAAGUAUCUUCUCGCUCUCACGUAUGAAAUUCUUUAUCUGUGCAAUGGACUAAUAAGGUGGCGCCAUCUGUUAUAUCAUAUCUUUGAGUGUGCCUCCUCAUAAGUUCCGCGUCUUCAAGAUGUCAAUUUGGUGCAUGCAACACAUUGCUGCUCGAUAUUUUUUCAAAAAUUAAUUACGGUGUAGUAGUUAGGACCAAACUUAUCAUUACUUUUUUUUUUUAAUUUACUGGGACACAGGCGUGAUUGUAUGUAUGUAUGUAUGGGUUCUUAGCACUAAAACCAUGGUCUGGUUAAAGUGUAAGGUAAUAUCAAAAAUACACACUGUAUAAUUGUUACUUGUAUUACAUAUUUAGUUUAUUUUAUUUAUUUUCAAGUAUAAUUUAUAGUGAUUAAAAGUUUAAUGAUUUCAAGGUAUACUAUGUCCUGUUAAUACUAUUCCUCUUGAGGCCCAUUGUGCAUUUUGUGUACAAUCUAUUCCAAUCUUAUUUGAACCCUUUUAUGAACCAAUCUAGUGUGUAUUUUUAUAGUCUCAAUGUCUUAUCAAACAAACGAAAUGUAACCAAAUAUGCCAUACCAUACAACAUGGUUUCAACAAUAAUUCAUAGACAAUUCUAAUGAAAAAUGUGGGGUACCCUUCCAUAUAUUUUAAUUUCAUAUAGUCUUAUUAAUUCAAUCGAUAUUUAUACAAUUAUAUCAAUAAAUAGAAUUUCUGUACUGCUACUUAAGUUUGGAAGGUUAAAAAACCUUAAGAAAGGAUAUGGUGGCAACUCGAAUUGUAUCUACCUACUUAGUUUUAUUAUUGUAAU